AUGCUGCUGCUGCCAUCAGCCACUACUGCUGCACCUUGCUCAGCCGCUGCCAUCAGCCACUACCCUACUAGCCUGCAACCGCCCUACUACCGUCAUCAACCUGCUACCACCAUCAGCCACCUGCCACCAUCAGCCACUGCCAUCAUCCAACCACUGCUACCCAUCGCGUCAACACGCUGCUACCCCACAACCAGCCCUACUACCACCAUCAGCCACUGCUGCCAUCAGCCACUUAACCAUCUGGCCCCUUCUCCACUGCUCAUCAGCCACGCUGCACCCAUCGACCUUCUACUACCGCAAGUAACUACUGCCACCAUCAACCUGCUACCACCAUCAACCCUACUACCAUCAGCCACUGCCCUCUACCACCCCAUCAACACUACUGCCACCUCCCGGCCUCACUGCUGCCGUCAUCCACUGCUACCUGCACAAUCUACUGCCACCAUCGACCACUUCUUUCUCCGUCAACCACUACUGCCCACCAUCAGCUUCACUGCUGCAGCCAAUCCACUGCCUCGACCACUGCCGCAUCACCGCUACUGCUGCCAUCAGCCGCUACACUGUCCGCUCACUUCUGCCAUCAACCACUACUGCCAUCACCUUCAGACCACCUUCACUACCAAUCGACCACUGCUGCGUCAUUCGACCACUUUCUUGCUGCCAUCGCCUUCAUCAGCCACUACUACCAUCCCAGCCACACCGUCAACCACUACCACCAUCAGCCACUACUGCUCACCAUCCCAGCCGCCAUAA